AUGGGCCUCGUCGACGCUAAGAACCAGGUGCCUCAGCACCAGCGAUUCUACCAGAACGCCUACAAGAACCACACCCGUUUGUGGAAGAUUAACCCCCGCAGCCGCGUCUUCCUCACUCCCUACCUCAUCCUCCUCUGGGGUACCUUCGGCGCCAGCGUCUACGGUGCCGGCCGCAAGGUCCUUGGCUACAACUCCUACUUCUAA